GUUACAACAUCCAAAGCAGUUACCACGCUAAAAAUUGAUUGGCAUGGAAGGUCCGAAGAAUAGAGCGGUGAGUUUCUGCCGGCAGAAUAAUAAUCGGUCUAGGACUUUUCGUUACCCAAAGUGCCCAGGUAACAAUUGACCCACCAAUAAACAACAGUGACAUCCAUGGAGCUCAGCUCAGCUGUUCCUCCCGCAGCCUGCCUACAGGAAUCAACCCAACAAUAAAAAAAAAAAAAAACCAAGGCAGGCAGAACUGUCAAACUAAUUGUCUCUAUUCAAUGUAUUAAAUAUAUUCUGCCUAGGCAGUUAGCAUAAAGCGGCUCCCUUUUUCGCAUUUCCUAGGUUUCUGAUAGCGAUAGCACGAAUUUUUGAAGUCGACUCACUUUUGGUGCUUUCUUGUCAAGCUCACUACAGAACUUCAGUUUCAUAAUCAGUUAAACCCACUCAACCCAGACGUCCUUCACUGAUGAAUUGAGAUGGGAACGGGGAUUAAACGACGGAUUCAGAUCGUAUGGGACCUCAUUCGUCAUCUUAAACUUGAGUCUGACUAGGAGGUAACUCAAGCGGCAAGAUGGCGCCACGACUUAGAACUCGACAAAUCACCAUGGAUGGUGCGAGAAUCGCCAUCGAAAGCAGUAACAGUACGACUCGGUCCUCUGGUUUGGAUGAUUUAAUUCACAUAUUCAAGGAACAAACGAAAGCUUCAAAUUUUGCGGCCCUUGAUGAUAAGAGCUACCACAUAACUUUUGAGGCGCUCUUUCGCUGUGCCUUAGCCGAAAAAAAGGCCUAUUACAGCCGUAAGAGCACUGCUGCCAGUAGGCUUACCAAGUGCGCUGAAGCACUACGCCUCGGUAUUGAACUAGGCGCAGGCAAGCUAAAGCGGAAAACUGUCCUCUCUGUGAUAGAUCAUAUCACCCAAACUUUACAACAUCCCGAAGAUGACUUAGUACCGCCACUUGUUCAAGACUAUAUCAAAGCACUAGCUGCCCUCCUAAGCCAUGCCGCUAACGUCGAGCUUCUUGCUACGGGGGAAAGCAAAGGUUGGAAGUCAUGCGCUGACUUCGCUGUUAAUGUCUUGACUUUAUACUUAGCAGCUUCGGAAAGAGAUGCAGACUUUUCACGAGCUUCGCCCGCGCCUGGCACCGGACAAGGGGCAUCGUUGGCGCUCUCAACACCGCGGUCUGCAUCCGCAUCACAACGGGCCACCCUAGUUUCUCGCAGUCAACUGCCAGAUCUUUUACAAAUCCUUCUGCACCUUGCAUCCGCUCCGAAUGCACCUCUUUUAAAAUUCGCAAGAGAGAUAGCGUCAGUGGUCAUUCAAGUCCUCCAACUUCGUUCUUUCGGCAUAAAUCAGUUGCAUCAGUUAGCAUUUGCCUUGAUCAACAAGAUUUUCGUGACAUCGCAAUCGGAUGAUUUAGAUCAUGCAAGCUCCUUAGUUAUGGACUGCCUGCCGUUAGUGAGUCAAUGGUGGCAAACGAAGGCGGCGUCUGCACACGAUGCGCUUUUAAAUGGAGUUCGUGUCGAGAUGCUGAAGCUUCUGUUCAAUUUCCAUCUCCAACUUGAAUUUCUGAUCAAGCAAGGCAAAAAACCCUCGCUCCUUGGUGAUAUCGAAAAUCUUGCGGAACUACUAUGGAGUGAAUAUUCUAAGCGAGAAGAACGCGCUCAACUUCAACAGGACGAUUUGUCGUAUUCUUCUACACCUCACAUUAGCGCAAAUUUCCAAGUCGAAUCUUUUUCAUUGCGGCCUUUCAAUGUUGACGGAGAGAAACAUUGGGCGGUAGUACACAUCAUAGCUCUUCUCGAAUGCCUUAUGUGGAAGGGCUCUCAGCAGUCUCAGGUAGCUCCAGCUGAAGAUGAACAACCACGCAAAAAGCAACGGACAGCUGUCGGCUUUAGUCGGCUGCGCCAGAAACUCCGCUCAAUCGAUCAUUCCAUACAGUUUACCACUCUGCAAAUUAUACCAUUUUUCGUCUCGGGCCUCAAAGUUGACGUCGAUGAAAUCUCCGAUUUGCUCUCUUUCUUGACAGGCCAAAUCACUAGCAAAAAUAGCAAAGUGGCUACAUGGGCCAUGAUCGCUUGCGCAAGUCUAACAUACCAAGCCAGCGCUACUAAUGACACCCUAUCCACGUUUUGGAAGCCAAUAUGGCAGAUUGCGGUGCGAUCCAUCAGCAUGGCUUCAAACUGCCGAGCCUCGAGCAUGCUUCUUCACUCCAUCGUAGCCCAUGAGCUUGUACCAUAUCGCGACAUUGCCGAUGAUAUUAACAGUAUGAUAAUGACCGCCGACGUGAAUGGACCAGCUCUUGUAAUGGAUUCUUCCCUCACCUUAAUGUCAACCCUUCUUCACCUCCGGAACUUCCAUCUUCCGAGCGCGAGCUAUGCGACAUGUAAUCAUGUAGUCCGCUGGAUGUUUUUCAGAUGGGACCCCGCUGACCCGGCUUUUAUAUCAUCAUAUUCUACUUACGUCUUGCCCUUAGAUAUUGUCAACCUCAUAAGGGCGACUUAUGGUAGUCAAAAAUUAAUGUUGUCCCAACCAUCGCAGAUAAUUUCGGGGCAUAUUGGGGAAACUCUACUCAUGCUCCAAGAACGCAAUAGCUUAAUCAAAUACCUACUUCUGUUCGAUGCGGAUGCUGUUGACUCUUCGGGUUUUAAUCGUCAGCCAUUCGUAGAUCCUACCAUACAAGUUGGCGACUCUUCGAAUGUUCACGGCACAAAAAAGCUCAUAACGGAGCUUUUCUAUCCGAAACUCGAGGAAAUAAGAUCAUUAUGUGAAUCUUGGGACAAGCAUAAAGACAAGACAGCGCAAAUUACCCCAGAAAAGCUGCAGAGUGUCAUCUCAUUUUUAAUCAUCGGUACUCUUGUCCUUCCUGAAAUGAUGGAGAUAAAUUCAAGGCAGUCCCAGGAGAUGGAGCAUGUUCUAUUUUCGACACUCCAAACCGCUCUGACAGGAAUUUCCAAAUUUACCGAGAGCCAAGACCUUUACAGCUGCCUUUUAAGAUCAAUUCGAUCCUAUAUACCGGCAAUUUCAAGUCAUGAAUUGGGCAAGUUAGGAGUAGAAUGGAAAUAUCUUCACCAAUUACUCUGCGAGAUAUCCGGCGCUUUCCGCAAGAGAGACAGGAAACGAUUAUCUAAAGACGAUGACUACAUGGACCUUGACGACGAGUUCGAAUCCAAAGAAAGUCGGUCUGCUACGUCAUCUAAGUCGCUUGAAGUAUCUCGACAAGACGCGUCUAUCGUUUUACAGGCAUCAACUUUUUACGCAGAUACAAUUCAAAGAUUGCGCCUCCUUGAUGUACUGCGUGAAGAUAAUGGCCAGAUUGGACUUGUACCUGCGCCAUUUCUGGAUGAGUUUUUGGAAUUGUCCGACGAAGAAAUUCUCUCUUGUCGUUGCUUAAUCCAGGAACUGUUCGACUCCGAUCUCAUAAUCAAUCCCGACGACGCCAAUCGAGUAAUUGGUAGAAUAGGCGAGCUAAUAGGAAGCGCAGCAUUUUCAACUUGUGAAGUCGCCCUGGACGUUUGCCUAGACGUAAUGGAAGGACUCAUGCCAAUAUGGUCCGAUAGCAACGGCGAAAUAUCGUCCCGUGUGGGCGAUUUGUACUACUAUUUUCUCAAUGCUGCACUGGACAACGGGAUCCUAUCGUCGUGCACCCAAAUGUCACUAGCCCGAUUGCUUCUCCGUUUGAUUCAAAUCAAUGAGAAGUACCCCGAAAUGAUCGAUAUGAACCCUCCAAGCGCAUCAUUAUUCGAUAUACUAGAGAGCGCAGCGAUACCAGUCAAGUACUAUAUCGGAGUUCGCUUACCAGCUUUGUUCAGCCGAUACGUCCUGAAAUCUCACGACGAGGUCCUUGUCGACGUCCUGAACUUCCUCCCGAGUAAGAGUGAUUUCUUCGAGGGCAUAGCCUUACGACUGUUUAUACUUGCCGAAUUGGCAAGGGCAUGGCCUACUCUACUUCGACGCGGCAUCUACCACAUAUUUGAGAUUCCCGGAGAAAUCCCCAAUUCGACAGACCAUGCCGCACUCUGCCUCGAGAAAAUAUCAACGUCUUUAAAACUUGAAAGUACGCAGCGGCUGUUCGAUCUAUUCGCGCCUCAGUUAUUGUACACCUGGCUUGAAAUCAAGAGUAUUGACGACAUUCCAUUUACGAUAUUCGGUUUCACAACCCUCAGGGAAUUACUACAACAUGCACAAUCUGAAGUAGUAGCCCUAAUGGUGAUGCGGGGACAGGAUGAGGCAGCCACAGAAUUGGCAACCACCCUUGGCGAUAGUUUUGCACAGCUCAUCAAGCGAAAUUUCUCAAAAAUUAUUGCGUACAGCAUGGCUCAUGAUAUCAGCAUGCCUAAAUCAGAACAACAGCGAAGUGGAGAAAGCCGACUGCGAAAAAUUAUUGGUCGGGAAGCAUUCGUUGAUAGUAUAUAUAUCAACUUCGCCGACAUUAUUGGAUUGUUUUUCAGUCUCAUCGACCAAGAAAAUCCAGUCGAGGAUGCGUGGGCUAAAGACCAAAAAUUUAAAUAUGCCGCCGAGGCAAUGAGAGAGAUCAAGAAAUGCGGCCACUCCGAAAUUGGAUUAUCACCAAAUCAGCAACCAAUGUUCCGUGCCAAAUAUCUCACCCGAGAGAUAGAAUUAUUAUGCACUCGGACAGAGUGGGAGAUGUCGGGGUUGUGGACACCUGCACUCGUGGUCAGUAUUGCUAGAAAAUUACUCAACGGCGUUCACACGGCACUAGGACCCUUGCAUACAUGCGCAGUCCUUCGAAAGAUCAGAGUCCUUGUCUGCCUAGCGGGCCGGCACGCCUGGGAAUCAUAUCCUUUAGAAAUGCUUCUGCAAUCUAUACGUCCCCUUAUUGUCGAUACGGAAUGUGCAGAUGAUGCGCUCGGAUUGAGUCAAUAUCUCAUAGAGAAAGGUUCAGAGUCUUUAUCACAGUCCCCUUCAUUUGUUGCUGGCUAUGCCCUAUCUGCCCUUGCCUCUCUCCGUGUAUUCCUCGAAACCAGCCAAUCCAGUACAACUCAAGAGAGCCAAUUCAAAGCGACUAUGAAUAAAGCCCAAAAAUUCCAUUCGUGGUUCACAAGAUAUCUAGAGAAUUACGAGUCUCCAUCUUUUCGAGACCCGCAGCAACGCAAUGCGUUUGAAGCAAUUACGAGCUCCGCAGCUCAUGUUAGGUCUUCUGGAAACGCAGAGCGAGGUACUUACGAAAGUAGAUUGCUACUUGAAAUCCUUCAAGACGGUGUGCAUGGGUCUCAAUUGCUGAACGAGCCUUCACGCAAACUAGCGCUAGAAAUGCUUUGUAGUCACUUUACGAUCCCGAGUUCCUACAGCGUUGACGUAGUUUCUUCUGACGAAGAAGCGAGAGAUUUGGUUACGGUUGUUUGGAAAAGUUGCCAGGCCCAAGGUCUUAGUAACGAAUACCUUGCAUGGGCGGGCCGAGUUGUUGGGAGGAGUUUCGCUGCGUCCGGCCACGUCGGUCAGGGUCUGUUGCAGGAAUCUGAGUUGUCGCGAUAUUAUAACACGUCAAUGGAGGCUUCCGGAUCUGAAUACGGCCUACUCAGUCUUCUACAGUCUUUGACAUCCGACAGUGAUUGUUAUAAGGCGGGGCUUGCAGAAUCAGCAUUGAGAAACAUCGUCACGGAUGCUGCGGCCAAGGGCGACACCGACUUGCUUACGGCUUGUGAAAAAAUCUUAUCCGAUCAGCUCCUUGUGACAUCAGCCUGGGCACCGUAUCGGACUCCUCCUUCUGAUAAACCACCUAUCAGCCCUAUCUACAAAGGCCACACCAAUGCACUCUCUAAUGAAGCGUUUGAGGAUCCGAAAUGGCCCCAAGGUAUCACCGUGUACCUAGCACAAUCAUGCCCUGAAAGCAUUGUCCUUAAUGCCUUGCCUUCGAUACUCGCAAAUGUCAAGGGAUUCUCCCAGCAGGCUUUUCCAUACAUUAUUCAUUUGGUGCUUCUCUUCGAAAGGGAAAAGCAGCAAUCUGCUAGACGUAGCUUAUCGAGCGCGCUGAAGAAUUGGCUCAAGCUGGAUUCGGCGAUAGCGAAGGAAAACAUGAGCCUUAUUAUAAAUGCCAUCCUAUAUCUAAGAACACAACAACUGCCGAAAGAGAGCUCCAUAGCUGAUCGGGCUCAAUGGCUCGACCUUGAUGUUGUUGCAGUUGCUGCAGCUGCUACAAAAUGUGGUAUGUUCAAAACAGCAUUAUUGCUUGUUGAAAUGGUAUCUACCGAAGGGUCCCGAACAUCGCGUCGUUCUUCUACAGUUCGGGCCCAAGAAUCCACGGAUGUUUUGAUGGAUAUCUUUGAAAAUAUUGAUGAUCCAGAUGCAUAUUAUGGCCUUGACCAGACCUCAACUUUGAGCAACGUCCUCGCACGGCUUGAAUACGAAAAGAAUGGUAGUAUGAGUCUGGCAUUUCGCGGCGCGCAAUACGAUAGUCACAUCCGGAGAAGAGAUCCAGCCGCCAAUAUUGAUAAUCAGUCAUUAGUAGGUGCACUUGGAAAUCUUGGCCUGUCGGGCUUAUCGCAUUCUCUCCUUCAAACCCAACAAGACCUAGAUGGUUCGCCUACUGCUGUGGAGAGUACUUUCAGUACAGCUAGGCGACUGGAGAUCUGGAACCUACCGGCCCCAACGUCUACUGAGAACCCUUCCGUUACUCUAUAUAAAGCGUUCCAGACCUGGCAUCAGGCGACCGAGCUGAGCUUUGCAAGGAAGGCUACCCAUGUUGGCUUUAGCGAAACUAUGCGGAGCGUGGUUAGGAAAGAUCUCAGUCCAGUGCAUCUCCGUCGUUACCUGGGUACGCUAGCUGUCUUAACGGAACUCAAUGAUGUUGUGGAAAUGACCGACUCGACCGAACUCGACAAGAUCUUAACGACAUUCACUAAUCGCUCUGGGUGGAUGAAGAGUGGACGGUAUGAGGAUGUCGGCCAAAUGCUCUCUUGCAGAGAAACAACGCUAAGCGUGCUGACUCAAACUUCUGAACGCCGCGGUAUGACAAAAAUAAACCCGCCGGAAGCAACCUUGGCGCAGGUCAAAUCAAUGAUACUAUCGUCCGGCGUUUAUAGACAUCAUCGAGCUACCCAGGAGUGUCUGAAUAUUGCAACGUCGCUCAAAGAUUUGGUUCAGCCAAGCGAAGAGCUCGGGUUACACCUUGAUUCCAUCGCGAAAUUCGAAGCCGCAAAUUCCUUGUGGGACCAUGGCGAGAUGACAUAUUCAAUUCAUAUGUUGCAAGAUAUCAACGAAGACCCAAACCUUAAGAAGCAGACUAUUCCCAUUAGUCGCCCAGAUCUGCUAGCGAAAACGGGAUAUCAGAUAUCAGUGGCGAAGCUAGAAAAACCAGAAACGAUCCAGAAAGAUUACCUACAACCUGCAUUAAAGGAACUCAGAGGCAAAACCGAUGGUCAAGAAGCUAGUAAAGUCUACCAUCAGUUCGCCAUGUUCUGUGACGAACAGCUACAAAAUCCAGAUGGGCUCGAGGACUUGGCUCGUCUUCAGCACUUGAAGAAAGGAAAAAACGACGAAGUCCUGCAACUCAAGGGACUCAUAUCCAACACACGAGACUCUCAAGCUAAGUCUCGGUUCCAGGGGCAUCUUUCAAAAGCGAAGCAGUGGCUCGAGUUAGACGAACAAGAACUACGUCGUGUCGAACAAAGCCGAACCGAGUUCGUUCGGCUAUGUCUAGAGAAUUACCUUCUCUCACUAAUAUCCUCUGAUGAACACAACAACGAUGCCUUGAGAUUUACUGCUCUGUGGUUAGAGCGAUCAGGAGAAGAUUUUGCCAAUGAAGCCGUCCGGAAAUACAUCGACAAGGUCCCGACCCGAAAAUUCGCCACACUCAUGAAUCAACUGACUUCACGUCUACUCGAUCAAAGCAACCUUUUUCAAAAGCUCCUUAUCGAUCUCGUGUAUCGCAUUUGUGUUGACCACCCUUAUCAUGGAAUGUAUCAGAUAUGGUCGGGAACGAGGGCACGCAAAAAUGACAAGGACGAUGUGGCCAUACUUCGACAAAAAGCUACUGCAGAGGUCAGCAAACGGCUUAGUAAGACGGAAGCUGUAUCGUCUAUAUGGUACGCUAUCGAUAAUACAAGUAAAGCCUACCAUACAUUGGCUCUAGAACGAGAUCCUCAGCGCUAUAAGGCAGGGCAGAAGGUCCCCGUUAAGGAGUCCAAUGCUGGUGCCAAUCUUGCAGGCGCCCUAGCAAAGUGGCGCAUUCCGCCGCCUACAAUAGAGAUAGAGCUGUCACCAAAUCGGGACUACAGCCAAAUCCCAUUCAUAGCCAAGGUUGAGCCGAGCAUGUCUAUUGCAUCCGGUGUCAGCGCGCCGAAGAUUAUCACGGUAGUUGGUACUAACGGAGCACGAUUUAAGCAGCUUGUCAAAGGUGGAAACGACGAUCUGCGCCAGGACGCCAUUAUGGAACAGGUCUUUGCUGCUGUCUCUUCCGUGCUGAAACAUCAUCGAUCUACCCAGCAACGCAAUUUGGGAAUCAGAACAUACAAGGUGUUGCCCUUAACUGCUGCUUCCGGUCUCAUCGAAUUCGUCUCGAAUACCAUACCACUCCAUGAGUAUCUCAUGCCAGCUCACGAACAAUACCACCCAAAGGAUCUCAGAGGGUCUCAAUGUCGAAAAGAGAUUUCUCAGGUGCAAAGCAAAUCUGCCGAAGUACGCGUGACCACUUACAAGAGGGUGACAGACCGGUUCCAACCCGUAAUGCGCUAUUUCUUCAUGGAACAUUUCGUUGAUCCAGACGAAUGGUUUGCUAAGCGAACAGCAUACACCCGAACCACGGCGGCCAUUUCUAUUUUGGGUCACAUUCUCGGCCUCGGAGAUCGCCACGGCCACAAUAUCCUCCUCGACUCAAAAUCCGGCGAGGUGGUCCACAUUGAUCUUGGUGUAGCUUUCGAAAUGGGUCGCAUAUUACCUGUUCCCGAACUGGUGCCGUUUAGGCUUACCCGCGAUAUUGUAGACGGCAUGGGCAUCACCAAGACAGAAGGUGUUUUCCGAAGGUGCUGCGAAUUCACGCUAGACGCGUUGCGCGAAGAGACAUACUCAAUUAUGACAAUCCUCGAUGUGUUGCGUUAUGAUCCUUUAUACUCGUGGUCUAUGAGCCCCGUACGCAUGGCUAAGCUGCAAGACACGCGACGCGAUGGGGAGGACGGUGGUGAUGCGGAUAUCGAUGCCAAGAAAAGGAAGUCCGCCAUUAACGAGCCUAGUGAGGCUGACCGCGCGCUUGAAGUUGUGCGCAAGAAGCUUAGCAAGACGUUGAGCGUAACCGCUACGGUCAACGAUCUUAUCAACCAGGCGACGGAUGAGAGGAAUUUGGCAUUUUUGUAUUCUGGUUGGGCUGCUUAUGCUUGAGUAUAUUAUUGCUACGAGAUGAUACCCAUGUAGAUAUUCUCAUUCUGUUAGCUUUGUUCGAGCAUGUACUUGCGCUUACUAUUGUAUUGAUACCAAAUGUCGCUAUUUCUUUGUCGAAGGCAUGUAUUCCCGAGCUCGGAAGGCGGAGAAGAAAGUAUGAGACCCGGAU